AUGCUCCUUUCAUCGUCUCUGUUUGUCCUGUUUCCUCUUUUGUCAGCUUUUGCUGUCGUAUGGACCUUCAGAAUCUUCGAGCGUGCUAAAGUUGAACUUGGCUUCGAACAUUAUACCGAGAAAGCAGACCCUACCACUUUCCUCAAAAUGCCAGCAAACGCUGGCAUUAACUUCGGUUAUACCGUACUUGGAUUAUAUUGGCUUUGGAAAGUGCAGAAGCAGAAAACAAAGCUCAGAGAUCAAGUAUUUUUUUAUUACAUGUUUUCAUGGAUGUCUGUGUUCUACGGCUUUGUUCAGUUUGGAAGAAUCGUGACACAAACUCGCUUGUUUGCAGUGAUAGAUCAAUGGUUUACACUUCCCUUCUUUGCAUGGAUUGUGUGUUGGAAUGAGUUUGUUUAUCGAGGCUACUGGCAAACUGAUCGCUAUCUCUUUAUUAUGCGUAUUUCUGUUUUAAGUUACUUCGCCGUGUUGUUUCAUGAUCUGGGUUUUGAAGCUGUCCUUGGUGUUCAUAUCUUAGCUGCUUUGUUAUAUUCUCUCCGAACCCAGUGUAAACCAGGCCUAGGAACCUCUAGAUCGUGGAUAUCUUUUAUCUUAGCCCUUACCGCUUGUGCUGGUUUUGUUUGCCUGAAACUGGCAGACAUUUCUUAG